GGCCCUGUUGCCUGGCAACCAGGUGGCAGCGUCCCUUGAGCCCAGGCCACAUAGCUGUACCCAGCCCUGCCCGGCUCCUCCCAGGCCUGCAGGACCCCUCCCUGAGGCCUUGUCCUUACUCCCCACCACCAGGACAGCCGCAGCUCCGGUCACAAUGAACGUCAUCUUCUCUAGGGACAGCCAGGUGAGGGUGAUGGAGAACACCGUGACCAAUGCUGAGAAGUACUUUGGGCAGUUCUGCUCGCUGCUGGCUGCCUACACGCGCAAGACCGCCCGGCUGCGGGACAAGGCGGACCAGCUGGUCAAGCGGCUCACCGACUUCGCCAACUCCGAGAACCCUGAGCUGCGCGCCACCAUGAGGGACUUCGCCGAGGACCUGGCCAAGGUGCAGGAUUACCGGCAGGCCCAGGUCGAGAGGCUGGAGACCAAGGUGGUCAACCCCCUGAAGCUCUACGGGGUGCGGAUCAAGCAGAUGCGGGCUGAGAUCAAGAAAUUCAGACACGUCCGAAAUCAUGAGAUCAAACAACUGAAAAAGCUGGAGAAACUGAGGCAGAAGUCACCCUUGGAUCAGCAAAUGAUCUCCCAGGCGGAGACCAGCGUGCAAAGGGCUGCCGUGGACUCCAGCCGCACCGCCCUCCAGCUGGAGGAGACGGUGGACGCCUUCCAGAGGCAGAAGCUGAAGGACCUGCAGACUUUUUUUUCCGAUUUUGUAACUAUUGAGAUGGUUUUCCACGCCAAAGCGGUGGAGGUGUAUUCCAGUGCCUUCCAGACCCUAGAGAAGUAUGACCUGGAGCAGGACCUGCAGGAUUUUAGAGCCAAGGUGCCAGGAGUUUCUGGGCGUCAUGACACGUGGCCGCUUGCCAGCACCAACACCUCUCCAUCUGCCCCUCAUUCUCUCGCCAGCCAGGGACCUUUGCAGGUCCAGCUGAAAAGGGCAAAUAAAGGCCCUGAAUAGCCGGAUGCCAAUCGUGGCAGGUUUGGUCUCCGUGAGAGGGGUGAGGGGCAGCCAACCCACUGUGUGUGGCAGGGUGGGUGUCUCAUGCGCCCAGGACAAUUCUCUCAAAAGACGGUAGGGGAGGUGCAAUCCCCAGCUGUUUAAUCCCAGACUGCCCGGAGGCUUUUUUCAUAUUUUCCUGUUCUUUUCUCUUUGUCUUUGUUGCAUUGGGUUAAUUCGAGGACCUUGUCUUCGAGCUCUGAAUGUCCUUCUUCUACUUGUUCAAUUCGAUUGCUGAGACUUCCCGGAGCAUCACGCACUUCUGUGAGUGUGUCGGAUGUUUCCUGAAGUUUUGAUUGUUUUUCUUUAUGCUAUCUGCUUCUUGGUCCGAGCCCACUCCUCCUGGCGGUGUGAGCCUGGGAAAGUCACCUAGCCUGUCUGUGCCUUAGAGUCCUCGCCUGCAGAGUGGCUCAGAACAGUAACCUCUGUGCGCGGCUGUGCCGAGCGUCCACGAACAGAUCUACGCCACGCGCAGAAAACCCGGCCUGUCGCACAACGGACCCUCCAGACUUGUUGCUGCCGUUAUUAUUAUUGAUGCCACUGUCGUUUUAUUAUCAUUAUUAUUUAGAGUGCUCAGAGCACCAUAGGGGACCCGAGAAAAGAGGAGGAGGAGAGUGAAGACGACUCCAUGGAGGAGGCCCCUGUGGAGGACCUCAGGGCACUGGGGCAGGAACCCCAUAAAUAGGAAGAGAACUGCCCACAACAGUCGGAAGAACUGAGCCGGCCUCGGAUCCUCAGGUGGGCUCUGCUGUGUGUCCUCAGACAAGCCACCUGUCCUCCGAGCCUCAGUUUUCUCAUCUGUACCGCGGGACCAGUAUCGCUCACCUCAGAGCUUGCUCCGGGGAACUGCUGCGCCUGGCACAUAGCAGGUGUUGAAUAAAUGCUCCUGACUCUCA